CCCAGAGGUUCCCGAGAUUGCCGACAUCCUAUGCAAGAUGACUGCUCCCACCCACCCGCCCACCCACCCACUAAUAAGACAUAAUGCCGUCCUAUUUUUGGUAACAAUUAAAGGGCCUCCCGGUGAAAGCAGAAAGCUGUUUAUUUUCUGUUACAUCACUUCGCUUUGCCUUCGAAGGCUGGUCUGUGCUCAGUGUUUUCUGGUGAUGCAAGUCGGCUCUCUUCCUCCAGCAGUUGGAUCGCUCCCAUCUCGCAGCACCUCUCAGGUCUCUUCCCCCCGAGCAGUGCACUGCUCGAGCCAGGAGCAGCUCACGAAUCAGCCGCAGGUCCCUGUUGGGAAAAGCAGAGAUACAGAGGCAGAGGAAAAGGGUGGACUCCUAUGUGACCUGUUCUUAGAGCAAGACAAUCACCAGCUGAAUUCCAGAAGCCCUGUUCAUGUGUGGGGAUAUUUUUUCGACUGCAUGGAAUCAGAAAGAAGCAAAAGGAUGGGAAAUGCCUGCAUCCCCCUGAAAAGAAUUGCUUAUUUCCUAUGUCUCUUAUCUGCGCUUUUGCUGACUGAGGGGAAGAAACCAGCCAAGCCAAAAUGCCCUGCUGUGUGCACUUGUACCAAAGAUAACGCUUUAUGUGAGAAUGCCAGAUCCAUUCCGCGCACCGUUCCUCCUGAUGUUAUCUCAUUAUCCUUUGUGAGAUCUGGUUUUACUGAAAUCUCAGAAGGGAGUUUUUUAUUCACACCAUCGCUGCAGCUCUUGCUAUUCACAUCGAACUCCUUUGAUGUGAUCAGUGAUGAUGCUUUUAUUGGUCUUCCACAUCUAGAGUAUUUAUUCAUAGAAAACAACAACAUCAAGUCUAUUUCAAGACAUACCUUCCGGGGACUAAAGUCUUUAAUUCACCUGAGCCUUGCAAACAACAACCUUCAGACACUCCCGAAAGAUAUUUUCAAAGGCCUGGAUUCUUUAACAAAUGUGGACCUGAGAGGGAAUUCAUUUAACUGUGACUGUAAACUGAAGUGGCUGGUGGAAUGGCUCAGCCACACCAAUGCAACUGUCGAAGACAUCUACUGCGAAGGCCCCCCAGAAUAUAAGAAGCGCAAAAUCAAUAGUCUCUCCUCCAAAGAUUUUGAUUGCAUCAUUACAGAAUUUGCAAAGUCUCAAGACCUGCCUUAUCAAUCACUGUCCAUAGAUACUUUUUCUUACAUGAAUGAUGAAUAUGUAGUGAUUGCUCAGCCUUUUACUGGAAAAUGCAUUUUCCUUGAAUGGGACCAUGUAGAAAAGACCUUCCGGAAUUAUGACAAUAUUACAGGCACGUCCACUGUAGUGUGCAAGCCUAUAGUCAUUGAAACUCAGCUCUAUGUUAUUGUGGCCCAGCUGUUUGGUGGCUCUCAUAUCUAUAAGAGAGAUGGUUUUGCAAACAAAUUCAUAAAAAUCCAGGAUAUUGAAAUUCUCAAAAUUAGAAAACCUAAUGACAUUGAAACAUUCAAGAUCGAAAACAACUGGUACUUUGUUGUUGCCGACAGCUCAAAGGCUGGUUUUACUACCAUUUAUAAAUGGAAUGGAAAUGGAUUCUACUCCCAUCAAUCCUUACAUGCAUGGUACAGGGACACUGAUGUGGAAUACCUAGAAAUAGCCAGAACACCUCUGACCCUCAGAACACCUCAUCUAAUCCUGUCCAGUAGUUCCCAGCGUCCUGUAAUUUAUCAGUGGAACAAAGCAACACAACUAUUCACUAACCAGACUGACAUCCCUAACAUGGAGGAUGUAUAUGCUGUCAAGCACUUCUCUGUGAAAGGUGACGUGUACAUCUGCUUGACAAGGUUCAUUGGUGACUCCAAAGUCAUGAAAUGGGGAGGCUCCUCAUUCCAGGAUAUUCAGAGGAUGCCGUCACGAGGAUCCAUGGUGUUCCAGCCUCUUCAAAUCAAUAAUUACCAAUAUGCAAUUCUUGGAAGUGAUUACUCCUUUACUCAAGUGUAUAACUGGGAUGCAGAGAAAGCCAAAUUUGUAAAAUUUCAGGAAUUAAAUGUUCAGGCACCAAGAUCAUUCACACACGUGUCCAUUAAUAAGCGUAAUUUUCUUUUUGCUUCCAGUUUUAAGGGAAAUACACAGAUUUACAAACAUGUCAUAGUUGACUUAAGCGCAUGAGACACCAAAUCCUGUGGCUGCCAUCAGAAACUUUCUACAGUACAUGAUCUGGAUGAACGCAAUGCAUGAUGACUCUUAUCACACUUGCAAAUGAAUGCCUUUCAAACAUUGAGACUGCUAGAACCAAGCACUAUCAGUAUCUCCAUCCUUAACUGUCCAGUCCAGUGGUGUGGGAAGUUACCUUUUAUAAGACGAAACUUAAUUGUGUAACUGUUCUUUGCAGUGACGAUGUGUAAAUAAGCGUUUAAUGGUAUCUGUUACUCCAAAAAGAAAUAUUAAUAUGUACUUUUCCAUUUAUUUAUUCAUGUGUUCAGAAACAACUGCCAAAUAAAAUGUUUACAUUUUCUUUCAUAUCCCAAAGGUAAUUAUUUACAGGAGUUGUUUUAUUUUUGUUGAUGGUAUAUUGAGGAAGUAGUUUUAUAUAAUAGAAUUAUAUUUGGAUGGAUGAUUUAUGGUAUGAAUAAUGAGUGAAGAUAAAACAUUGAAAUUGAUUACCCAUAAUUUAUGAACAUGUUUGUCUGUGGCUGUAUCAGCUGAUUCUGAAUUUUCAAAACUAUUUCCAGAGGUCAUGGCUUUUAGGGACACUUUGAGGUGAAAUGGUGACAAAUUAAAAGAAGAAUAGAGAAGUGUUGCCUGUUAUAAGAAGAAUAAUUUGAAGUUAAUUCUUUCUUGUCUGUUAGCCCCAGCUAAAAAAAAAAAAAAAAAAACUAUUCAGACAAUUUAUAGAGAAAUUGAAAUUAAUAUUUAGGAUUUAAAAAUCCCUAUU